GUUGAUACCCGAUUCCUCAAAUUGGACUACACUCGCAGGCACUUACGGAUACAUCGCUCCAGAGCUUGCAUAUACAAUGAGGGUGACUGAAAAAUGCGAUGUAUAUAGCUUUGGUGUUGUGGCACUUGAAGUGAUGAUGGGAAGUCAUCCUGGGGAGCUCAUCUCCUCUUUGUCAUCAUCAAGUAGUAGACAAGAUACACUGCUAAAAGAUAUGCUGGACCAACGUCUCUCAGAUCCGAUGGCUGAUGUUGCACAGGAAGUCUUAUUUGUGGUAUCCAUGGCUCUUGCAUGCAUUCGGCCAGAUCCAGACUCUCGGCCAACCAUGCGACAUGUGGCUCAGGAGCUUUCUAUUAGAGGGCCUUCUUUCUCUCUACAGCCAUUCCAUGCAGUUACAUUACGUCACCUGAUGGAUCUGAAGGUAUAGUUGGGUGGAUGAAGUUUGUGGACAUGUGGUGGCAUGAACAUUAUUACUGUGUUUGUUGUAUGAAAAUCAUCGAGCAUGGAGAAGGUGUUUUUCUUGUUAUGAUAUGUACAUAAUUUAGUGUGUAGAAUCGAUGUUUAUAGAAAUGUAGUAUUUUAGCGUUGGUGAUCGAAAUCCAUAUGUAAUAAAGUAUUUGAAAGAAUAAAGAUGUUUUCUUGUGUGA